AAAGGCUAUUGCUGUAUAUUCUGGGCUUGUCCACGGCAAUGGCCAUGCACCAUCGGUCCAGGAGAUGCGGUCAAAAGGAAGAGUAAGGACAGGAAAGGGUUUAGAAACGGAAGACAUGCGAUGAGGAGGAAGUGUAGGAAAUGAGGAAGUGUGGCGGCUGAUAGUGUUCAGUAGACUACCACAGUCACUGUAUGUAGCAGGGCGAGUCGGAUAUUGUUACCAUUUUAGCCUGGUGCGGCCCCAGAGGAUCCGACGAUUGGCGGUUGUGCCAUUGAAUACAACAAUGUGAGCUGAAUCCAGUCAGUUUCCGCCAGAAUUUCAACUUCUAUCUUUCUCUGACUUGGAAUUGUAGUGAGAGCAGUUUAUCUCCUGCAGCUAGCUGUCUUCCCGGGAAAUUCACAAUGACUGCUGCAAUGACCGUAACAAAGUGGUUCCUGUUCAAGCGAAGUAGGACACUUAGAAUAGCGCUACUUGUACAAUUACAAGCAGCUAUUUUGUUGAGAGUCCACGUGGUGGUAGGUCAGGGACACAAUGCUGGCAGUACUACUGGCAUUGACAAGCAUGCCCAGGCAGGUCCGAUUGGACCACUUACCACACAGACUGACAGCUAUAAUCUUGGUCAUGCUGGUGCUGCUGUGGUGGAUCAGCGAUCGCAGGGACAGGAUAUGUAUGCAUCAUUUCAGGUGGACGAGAAUGUCAUGGGUCCAGUGUCCGUAGCAACGGGGACGAUUGGAGAUCCUGCAAGUGCCUUUCCUGCUAACAGCCGCUCAGCACCAGCAUCCGCAGCAUUGAGUGUGCAACCCAGUACUAUACCUACAGGGACGCACUGUUCUUGCCGAGAUGGACGACCAGGAUAUCCCGGUGCACCAGGAGCACCCGGGAACAACGGACACAAUGGUCUUGCUGGUCCAGCCGGCCCACCUGGUCCACCUGGACCUCCCGGACCUCCUGGUGUCAUGGGUCCACGUGGAUUGAAAGGUGACACGGGUAUGACUCAACCACUCUCAUUGGCUGGCGCCACGACAACACCACUAAGAGCUCCAACUCGUGUUGAGCCCAGCUUUGGUAGAGUACGGCUUGCAUCACAACAGCCUGAUUACCCGCAAGCACACCUCCUUCCCAAUACACACCUCCCUCCCAAUACACACCACAACUUACCACCGGCUGGACUGGGUGGAGUUCAUGGGGUCGGUGGCGUACCUCCACCUGGUGUGAGCCAUGGUCGGAUACCCAGGCAACAGCAGCAACACCAACAGCACCAGCACCAACAGCAACAGCAGCAACAACGACAACAGCAACAACAGCAACAGCAGCAGCAGCAGCAGCAGCAACAACAACAACAACAACAACAACAGCAACAGCAGCAAUCAGUUGGUGCUUGGAAGCAGUGUAGUUGGAUUCACGGUGAUGACCAGGAUAAUGGAAAGAUAAUGGACUGUGUACUCAACAAAACAAUGGCACAUACUGCUCUGAGAGCUUCGUUUGAAGGAGAGGUUCGGGUACGAGGUGCCGAGACAUGUAGCCGUUGGUACUUCACCUUCAAUGGUGUAGAGUGUAAGCUACCGACAAGCAUAGAAGCUGUCGUGCAGGAGUUAUCAGGCAGCACAUCAAGAUUACAACAUCUCUCCUUCAGUGGCAUAUGCUCUGAUCCAAUAGCUAGUGGCUACGUACGUGUGGGCCUGUGGGUGGGUAGUUGUGUGAAAACCCAUAUCCACGGCGCCACAGGUAUUGCUGCGGCCGCUGCUGCACGCGUUACUGCCCAGCAGAAGGCAAGAUUCGGCAAUCUACACCUAGGUGAUGCGUACACUGGUGGUCUGACGUCUACGCGAGUAUUGGUGCAGGAAAUGCCUGCUCACUGAACACUGAGAUCAUGUGACUGCCUGGCAUGUACAGUAACACUAUAGUAUCUAGUCACGUGACCUUUGUCUACUCUGGCAUGAUGAUGAUGUAUAGCAGCAACAGCAUGUGCAGUUGUAGCCUGCAUCAACACUGUGGCUGUACAGUGCAUGCAGCAGAGCACAGCCUACAGUCUACAUCAUGCAUAUGCAUAGCUAAGAGCUGCUGGAUCAGUGCAAUGAAGCUAUUGUCAAUUUUAUACUCUACGAUUUCAGAAAUUUUAGGUGCUCAGAAUUCUAGGCCGCACGAGUGAAAAAUAACCAGACUAAGGUGAACAGGAUUGUUGAUACAGAGAAGCAAUAUGAUGGACGACGUGUGUCAGCGUUUGUUUAGGUAAGGAAGAGAUGCACCGAAAGUACGAAAAUAUAGGUAAACCAGAAAGUUGUGAAAUUUCAGUAUACGGGCAUUCUCAUCAUGUCCUCAAAUCUUCUUACCAUUACACUCAUAUAAUAUGAUAGUAAUAUACACCGGUAUGUACGCUUGAGUUCUAACAGUCCAUCAUUGUUAUAAUAAUAUAUUACGGUGUAGGCACACACUGUUACAUAUGUCAUAAUUAUUAUUGUCUUAUAAAUUUACAUGCAUACUACUUCAAACUAAUGCUGUCACAUACACCAUGAUACACACGCACAAUCUUAAAAGAUUGCUUCAAUGGCAGUGCUUUCUUUCAACUGUACACACACAAACACACACGUGCGGACAUGCCCCGCCUGUACGUGCACACCUGCUUGACCGUGAUUUAAACCCAAGUGCCAUUGACCUGCUGAGCAGGCAGCAAGUGCACAAUUCUAUAAAAUAAUUAGAGUAUUGUAUUGUUAUGGUUUCCAUGCAAUACAUGAACGAAUGUUAAUUAUUUUCUGUUAUUCUUUUUGCCCGUACAAGCGGCUUCAGAGAUGUUUGAGAGAAAGGAAAUCCGUUUCCCC